GGUGGAAGUGUAAUGUCAGUUUUCGUCGGCUUGUCAAAUAUUGAAGGGAGGGUGUGUUCGCCAUUUACCUGGACUAACAUUAUUGCUUCUUGAAACUACUUUACUAAAGAAGAGGACAGAUACAGCUGUAAAUUAUUAUUUAUUGUGUUAACGCUGGCUACUAUUCUGGAGAAAGCAGAGUCCGGAUUAAAGGAUGCUAAGAAGGCUCUGAGUCGGGGCUCCAAGAUGAGUGUGACGUCAUGGUUCCUAGUCAGCAGCUCAGGCACAAGACACCGGUUGCCACCGGAGAUGAUCUUUGUGGGCCGGGAGGAGUGCGAGCUCAUGCUGCAGUCACGCAGUGUGGACAAGCAGCACGCUGUCGUCAACUACGACCCAGCCACAGACGAGCACAUGGUGAAGGACCUGGGCAGCCUGAACGGGACUUUUGUGAAUGAUCUGAGAAUCCCAGACCAGACUUACAUCACCCUGAAGCUCUCUGAUGUCAUCCGCUUUGGAUAUUUGAAUAUGCUUUCCUUAACUCUGCUUCCACAUUGUCAUGUGUACAUCCUGGAGAGGAGUCAACACAAGGUGCCAGAGGAGGCUCUCAAACAUGAGAAGUACACCAGCCAGCUGCAGAUGAGUAUGAAGGCCCUGGAGGCCAGGAAGAGGGAGAAGGAGAGGCAGCAUGCUGAGGAGAGAACCAGAGACUCAUUCCGCUCCAAACAGGAGAAAGCUGAGGGUAAAGCUGCCCUCGCAGCAGUGGCCAGCGAGGCUCCAGUGUCCAGACCUACUCCUCUGUAUGGGCAGCCGUCGUGGUGGGGGGAGGAUGAUGCUGAACACGGUGAAGGACAGCGGCCAGACGAGGACCCGGCAGAGAAUACUAAAGAGAGCUACAAACAGGAGGCCAACGGCUCCCUGUCAGACAGCCAGGCCAGGUCCAUCUACUCGCACCACAGGGAGCCCAGCUACUUUGAGAUCCCCACCAAGGAGUUCCAGCAGCGGGAGCUCCAGGAGGUUCCCACUAAGGACACUGACCCCCCUGCUGUCCCUGUUCUCCCCCCAGCCCCCACCCCCACACCCCCUGUGGUGCAGAGCCACGCCUCCUUCACCAUCGAGUUUGAUGAAUGCAUGCCGGGCAAAAUCAAGAUCAAAGACCAUGUGACCAAGUUCUCCUUCCGCCAGCAACGCAAGCUCCUGAGUAAGGAGGCGGUCACCGCACCCACUGAGGUGAUGUCAGCAGAGAGCAAGGUGGCUGAUUGGCUGGACCAAAGCGACGUGCGCAUGAUGCAGAGGUGGUCUCGGACAGAGGACAUUUUCAGCACCAACAGUGACCUGCCCAUCUACAACAAUGCUUCCACAGGCCAUCACCAUGAGGAUGGGACUCGGGGCAACUCUGAGGAUUCUGUUGUGAACGGGAAGCAGGUUAUCCAGUCAAAGCCCCCUAGACCCCCUAGACCCUUCACACCCCCUGACUCAGAGGAGCUUCUGUCCAGCUCCCCUCCAGAGACUCACUCCCCUCCUCAGAGCCAUGGCAAAGAAGACCCCCAGCAGGCCUUCGUCAUCGAGUUCUUUGAUGACAAUCCACGCAAGAAGCGUUCACAGACCUUCACCAACAACACAGUCCAGCCCGACAGCCCGGCCCUUAGGAACAAGCUGGAGAAGAAGUUGGGCCCCAGCACCCCCACCCAGCAGUAUACCAUACCCCUGAAGGGCCCGGGCUCUGGAGGCCCCCAGAGGGCCGGCUCCCUGAGGCGGGAGAAGAUGGAGGAUCGGAUCAAUACUAGCUUCUCUUCCCAAUCUUCCUCCAUACAGCCCAGGCCCUUUAGAAGUGUGGGCCGCAGGUCCAAACUGGCCCAGGACUUCACUGCUGAGUUCCUGAGGGAGUCCAGACAGGAGACUAGACCGAGCAUGAACACAACCUGGGAGAGGAAGACUUCACCUGUGUCUCCUACCAUCAGCCCACCACCAACAGAAAUGGCACCAGUGCCCAACUCCCACCAUACCCCACCAAGCCCCCCUCAGCCCCCUGUCCCAUAUCUGACUCAGACCUCCACCGUCAACCAGCCUGUGCCCCUGAAAGCCCCUCUAAUAUCCCUGGUCAACCAUACCCUGGAGGCCGCACGUACCCUGGAGGCCGCACGUACCCUGGAGGCCGCACGGAGCCUGGAGGCCACAUGUACCCUGGAGGCCACACAGAGCCUGGAGGUUGGAAGCCCCAGACGCUUGGGGAAUGAGGAGGAUGAUGCCUUGAGUGAAGCAGGCACCUACACCAUCGAGACAGAGGUCCAGGAUGAAGAGGUGGUAGAGGCACGCAGCAAGAUAGACCAGGUGUUUGGGGUUGUUGAGGGGCCAGAGCAGCCCAGCCACACUGCAGCAGCAGCAUAUAAGCCUGUUAAGGCUCAGGACAGGGAGGAGCGUAGGGAGAGUAGCUCUGUGGAUCUAAGGCCAGCUCCAGGGCAGGGACAGAAUCAGCUGCAGGUGUCUGGUGGCUCUAAGUGGGUGUCUCGCUGGGCCAGCCUGGCAGACAGCUACACAGACUCUGGCCCCGCCUCAGGCCUCUUCGACAUCCCCUCACAGAUUGAGCUGUCAGGAGGAGUUGGUGGGAGGACCGGCUAUCAGGCGAUGCUCAGUCGCAACGUCAAAAAUGUGGAAUCAGAAGGCCAGAGUUCCAGAACACGGCGGAUUCUGCCUCAGGCACCGUUGGUGGAGAAGAAUGAGACUCCAACUCCCAGCAUUCUAGUCCAUCAGGACACUUACUCUACCUAUGAUGUCAGAGAGAAGAGCUCCAGAGCCCUCUGUCCACAGGAGGGACUCCACAACCUGUCUGUACAGGACGACCUAGACCCAGACAGCCUGAGUGAUGUCAGUAAGUCAGACGACGGCUCCAUCGUAGAACAGAGGACGACGCCCACACCAGAUAUGACAGACAAGAGUUCAUCUCAGAGCAGAGAAGAGGAGAGGCCCAGACUCCCACCCAAGUCUACAUCAUUCUACAUCGACUCUGAGAAGCGGGGAUCCAGACCCAAUACGCCCAGGACUGAGAGAAAACUACCACCUCCUCCUAAUACACCACAGCUCUCCACAGCCACCCUGACCAAACAACGGGGUGGACAGGACUCACAGAAGACUGUGAAGCCCAACCCGUCAGCUCCCAAGCUGGACUACCAGGGUAGAGUCAGCCCUCAGCCCAAGGAGAUCUCAGUGUGUCUGGUCAGGCAGGAGAGCUUCACUAAGGACCAGCCAAGUGAUGCUGCACAGGUCACCAGACUCCCCCACAUCUCCAGCCAGCCUGCUCUGAAUGACCCAGACCCUGCUGAGGUGUUCCAGGGUAUCUGCAGCCAGGACACCCACUCCUACCUCAAGGAGACUGAGGACGCUCUGGCUGCCCUGGAGGCCAAGCUCCAGGCCCAGACUGAUGUAGUUCCUUGUCCCAUAGAUGACACUCUGUCUGGGGAGUCUGACAUGGACUCAGCUAGCACUGCCAGCCAGCGCAGCAACCAGACUGCCCCCAAGACCAGAUCUAAGAAGCCCUCUAUCACCUGUGGCCUUCAGAGGGAGAGGUCCUCUGCCAGCUCCUUCACCCAGGAGCCCAGUCGCCUGCCGUCAGCCCAUAAUCGCCUGUCAGAAAAGCAGCGGUCUCAGGGAGAAGAUAGCAGAGAUAGUAAGCCUGAACCAGGCAGGAGACUGGGGAUGAGACGCAGUGUGGGCAAACAUGGCUCCAUGGACCUUAGCGAUGACCCCCAGAGCUCCAGCUUACCCUACUGGCCUGAUACCAUUUCCUCAGACCAGGAAGGCUACCGGCCCACUACACGCAAGAAGUACACCGCCCCCCUGCAGAAGGAGGAGUCUUCUAAGUCCUCCAAAGUGUCCCAGGCCCUGAGCCGCUCCAACAGCAUGUAUGCCCCAAGGCCUACUAGAGCCUCCAUGCUUCGUCGGGCUCGCCUGGGCGAGGCGUCCGACAACGAGGGCACAGAGACGGACAGGAUCUCCCAGGAGGCCAGUGGGCCCACCAAGGCCUCCCAGGACAGUAAGAAGCAGCUCUCCAGGCUGGACAUGCUGGCUCUGCCCCGGAAGAGGACCAGCUCCUUCCACACUCCCAGUGAUACAGAGUCCUCCGCACCCAGGACCGGCUUCUCCAACCGCAGCACAGAGUCCAACAGCGGCUCUGGGCGUAAGGCCUCUGUAGCCGGACCCAGCUCUAAGCCUGUGCUAGGCAGGGCCUCUGGAGCUCCCUGCAAGCCCAUCACCCGCGGCCGCUCCAGCAGUGCCAAAUACACCAGCAGCACAGCCAGCUCCAGACAACGGCAGAAAGGCUCUGACUACACCUCCACCUCGGAGGAGGAGUAUGACUCUGGUAACCAGAUCACCCCUAAACACAAACGCUCCCAGACCCCCUCAGCCUCCCGCUCCCAGCACCUCAUCCCCCCGCGCCCCAAACCCCGCUCAAGAGACUCGGACCAGGAGAGUCACGAGGGAGACGCCUACCAGAACUGGUCCUCCCACAGUGCUGAGAUAGCAAAACUGAGUCAGGACCUGGCUAAAGAUCUGGCCAUCCUGGCCAGGGAGAUCCAUGACGUGGCUGGUGAUACUGAUCCUCAGAGCUCUUCUGGAGUGGAGGCCAGCACACCUGCCUCUACCAUGACCACCCAGGAUGAGUUGGUUCAUCCUAUUCCUGAGGCUGGUGUGAACUACCAGAGAGCUCCCCCUGGUUCACCUGCUGCCGGGGACCCCGACCAGACCAUGAUGAAUGAGCAGGAACACAACUCUAAGCACAGAGGAUGGAACCAGGAAGAGGUUGUUAUUGAUGACCUUAUGCUGAAUCCAGUGUCCCAGAUCUCUCUGGCUAUUCGAGAAAACACAGAGCAACUAGCUGAGAAAAUAAAGGUACUAUUCCACAACAAACAGGACGUUUGGGAGGAGAUUGAAGCAAAGAUCAAUGCUGAAAAUGACAUCCCUGUCCUGAAAGGCUCUAACAAGGAAAUCACAUCUAUUCUCAAAGAGCUCAGAAGAGUUCAGAGACAACUUGAAGUCAUCAACACCAUCAUUGAACCCAGUGGGAACCUUGAGCCAGCCAAAACCUCCACUCCUAUCUCCCCCUCCUCAGCCAGCGUAAGGCCAUCCAGGGCCCCUUCGAGAGACUGGAGGUCAUUAGGUUCCCAGCGGGGUGAGGGUGGGGUCUCCUCUUCCAGCUCCAGGUCCAGUGAGAGUGUCAGGAGAUCAGCUAUGGCCUCAGAGGCAGAGAGCUAUGUGGUCUGAGGUUCUGGAACACAGUGCCUCCUCUUCACUGCUGCGCCACAAUCCCAGGUGUUGAGAGAGUGGAUUUGAGAGGGGGAAAUGGGCACUGCAAGAGAGAACUGUGGCCCCACUGCACGAAGACACUACUGCACUGUGUGUACACUACUAGAGAACUGAAAUGCGUAUUUAACUGCCAUGGUGUGAGAAGGGGAUUGUACAAGACACACUAAAGCCAUGCAUUGGUUAGUUCAGCUGAGAGAAAACCCCUUUAAGGCAAGGCCAUUAUUGUGCCAUAUACAGUGCAUUCGGAAAGUAUUCAGGCCCCUUGACUUUUUCCACAUUUUGUUACGUUACAGCCUUAUUCUAAAAUGUAUUACAUAGUUUUUC